AUAGAUAAGUGUACACUCAUCAGACCACCCAGUGCGGGCUGUGGUCCACCAGAGAAACAAGGCGCACAGGGUAGAACAUUUUUUUUUCUUCAUUAUGGCGGGGACAAAAGCCAAGACAGAGGUCUUCACAAUAGCUGAGAUGGGAGAGCCGUCAGCAGAGAGAGGAGACACCAACCAGAAGAGAUGCAUCUUUGAGCUGUAUGUGCAGCCCUGCCUGGCUGAGCUGUUCGGGACCACCAUGUUUGUGUUUGUGGGGUGUGCGUCUGUUAUUGGGAAUGUGGGAGACGCUGGCGUCAUCCAGCCCGCUGUGGCACACGGACUGGCUCUGGGAGUGCUGAUUAUGGUCCUCGGGCAAAUCAGUGGAGGCCACUUUAACCCUGCAGUGUCUCUGAGCGUCUACCUGUGUGGAGGGAUGGGGCUUUCCCUUCUGCUGCCGUACGUCCUGGCUCAGAUGUGUGGAGGCAUGAUCGGUGCUGGUUUGACCAAGGUAAUCUACCCCACUGAUGUGUAUAAUGCUUCCCUUGGAGGGGCCUUUAACGUCAACAAUGAUCUGGGUAAAACCACUGUGGCAGAGGUGAUGAUGACCCUCUUCCUUACCACUGUGGUGUGCAUGGGGGCCGUCAACGGCCAAACCCGCUCACCGUCGGCUCCUUUCUGCAUCGGCCUCACCGUGACAGCCAACAUAUUUUCUGGAGGGAUGGUGUCUGGGGCUUGUAUGAACCCUGCCCGAGCCUUUGGUCCUGCAGUGGCUGCCAACCACUGGAACCAUCACUGGGUCUACUGGGUGGGACCUGCUUCUGGUGCACUGCUUACUGUCAUGUUCAUCAGGUUGUUGUUUGGUGACCAGAAGACUCGAGUUGUGUUGAAGUGAAUGUGUUAUUUAUAAAGGAGGAAGAGACAGGACGUCCCGGCUGACAAUGAUGACAGCGUUUCCAUUUGGAUUUACAUUACUCAACAAUUGGACUGUAAUAUUUAAAUUGCUCAGCUAAAUGGGUGCAAAUAUAUUUGUCCUUGAACCAGUUACAACUUGUUGAAACCUAUUCAAUGACAUGUUUGUAUUACAAGAUUCAUAAAAGUGUUUGAUGAUAGGGAUCUGAUAGCUACUCCUACUUCUAACUUGGACUUUCCAUGCUCGAUGACUGCUGGAAAAAGUUUGAGUUUCAUACAAAUGAUCACACUUUCUGUGGCUGUUUAGCUCACUUGGCAGAGGUGGUGCACAUGUGCAGAAGUUUGUUUUUUGAUGCAGAAGGUCCAGGGUUCAAAUCCUACCUGUGAUGGUUUUCCUGCAUGUCUUCCCCUCUCUCUCCCCUUUCAUAUCUCUCGGCUUUCCUGUCCAGUAAUGGCAAAAAUGUCCAAGGAUUUGAAAAAAAAAAAAAAUAUGAUCACGUUUUCUGUUAUCUAUUAACAGUCUUUUUGUACUCAAUGGAAAACCAUGCUUUGAUGAAAAACGGAUUAUACUUUAGUACCCUGACCUUGAUAGCAUUGUUAAAAGAAGGAACAUGGCCAGGACACUUCACUAUAACAUUUUAGCUUGAUUAGAAUCAUAAACUGGUGUCCUUAGAUCAGAUGAAACAAAGCAGUAAGGUAGAAUGAAUAGCUUUCUAAAAACAGAAACGGAUUUCAAAACUAUACAUAUGCAUCCUAAAAAAUGGAUGAUGAUGGUUUUAAUAAUGAUAAAGAUGGAACCUCAGCACUGUACUUAGUGUGCAGGCACAGGAAAGUAGCAAUCACACAUAGAAACUGCAUACAACAUUUUUUAUUUCAUUAAAGUAGUAUAAUCAAAUGCAUGCAGUGAUGGCAAAAAAGAGAUUGAAUAAUAUACCUACAAAAACAACAUGUAAAGGUUAUGCAAUACAAAAAUUAUUUAUGAAUAUGAAUAAAAAGGCACAUAGUUAAAAACAGAUGGACAAAGACAAACAUACAUACAACAUAAAAAAAGGUGUUAGGCCACUACCGGUCUGCAGAGGGAUGAAUUCUUACACGGGAUAUUAUCUCAUCUGGUGUCACUGGUGGAAGUAUUCAGAUACUUUACUUAAGUAACUGUAGAAGACCACAAUGCAAAGAUAAUACAUACCUGCAUUCAAAAGUGUACUCAAGUAAAAGCAAGGAAGUGGUAUUA